GACUAAUUUACCCUAAUAAAUACCACCGAUUUAACCCUAACGAAGGCCGAUUACUUCCCGUCAAAUCAGUAUAUUACUUACAACACUAAAAACUCAAAAGGAUGGUGAGCACCCCAACAUACAAAUAAAAGUUUCGUACAAUAUAAACCGGUCGAAAUACCGCCACUACCUGCUGGAAAAAUAAAUUAACGUCACUUAACGUGUCAGUAUAUUGAGUCAGUUUUACAGUUAUAGUCAAUAAGUAAUGAGUGCUGAAUGCCAUCGAUCGUUCCGUGAUUGCCUUGAUUGAUUGUCCAUUGUCCAAUGCUGCCAAGUAUGUGAAAAGAGUAUUCCUCAAACAUGUUUACGCUAAUUGGCUUGUAGAAGUACCAUGUUUGCGCAAAUGUGUUUGUGCGUGAUUAGAGCGGCUUUAGACAAGAAAACAAACGAAAGUUAGAGCAUAGCAUUCCAGACUCUAAGCAAGUACCUAACUCAACUUGAAAUUAUCCAGCAAGAAAAUGACUGACUGUUUGAGGAAUUUCAAACUUCACGUAGAAGUACUCUAUACGCUCCUAGGAUUUUCCAUGAUGUUUGAGAAUUCUAUAACCACGAAUUUUUUGUUGUACCGAACUUGCUAUGUUACGCUGGAAUAUAACAGAAGCGACUGUGAUUUGCUGGGAACAAAAUUCGCUAAUAAUGACACGAAGAUAAUGGAGACCAAAGUGGAAACUUAUGCAACGUAUAUUAUAAUGUGUAGAUCUAUAACUGAAGCUUUUAUAGCGCCAUUGUUCGGUUUUCUUCUAGCUUCUUGGUCAGAUAAAAACGGAAGACGGCCACUAAUGCUCUUUGGACUUACGGGUUUACUGAUGUCUUACCUGACAAUGACGAUAGUAAGCUCGCUUCCUUAUGUUUCCCCAUGGUACUUUUUGUUACACGAAAUACCUUUUUGUCUAUGUGGAUCGAAAAUAGCAUUAAUGACAGGGUGCUUAAGUUACAUGUCGGACACAAUUCCAGAGCACAAACGAGGCAUAAGAUUAGGAUUUCUUGAAGCUGCAGCUAAUCUGGGCAUGCUGGUAGGAACAUUAUCUUCAUCGUAUGUGUUUACUUCGUUUGGAUACAACACAAUAUUCCUCACAUGUGUCGCAUGCCAGUUUUUCUCGUGGAUGUUUACAUGGUUCUUCAUAAAGGAGUCAUUAAACGUGGACGAAAAUCAGAGACAGUGGACAACCUUAUUUAGACUAACCCCCAUAAAGCAAACCAUGGCGAUAGUAUUCAAACGAAGAGAAAACAAUGAUCGUGCCCUUGUGUUAUGUAUUUUUUCCGUAUUCGUCACAUUUAUUGGCGCAAAGUAUUCCGAUAGUAGUAUUAUUUUCCUAUACCUGCGAAAGGAAUUCAGUUGGACCCUAGAAAUGUACACACUAUUUGUAGCAUUUAGUUUAGCCAUUUGGAUAUUAAUGUGUUUAGUAACCAUACGAGUCUUUGUAAAUAUUUUGCGCAUGAAAGAAACAACUGCAAUCAUAAUGGCUCUUACUUUUAAUAUAAUGGGUUACUCUGUACAAGGGUUUGCCAAUAAAAACUGGCAAAUUUAUGGCGCCGCUGGUCUCCUAAGCGUCGGAAGUUGUAUACCGCCACUGUCUCAGUUGUUGUUGUCAAAAGUGGUUCCGAAGGAUGAAAUCGGAAAAUUGUACGCCGCUCUGGUUUCGUUUAAUUCUAUAUCACUACUUCUUGGCUCCACGUUUAAUGCUUACGUGUACAAUCAAACAAUUUUACGCUUUCCUCAAGGAUUUAAUUUCGUUACGGCUGUGAUAUGCGGGUUCGCACUGAUAGUGGCAAUUGUUUCGAGUAUUCUUUAUAGUAAACGUGGAACUCCUCGCUUUCAUAUUUUGACCAAUGAAGAAGAUACAAGGAAUGAAUGAAAGGUUUUCACUCUUAUUUAGUUUCUUAUAUCUACUCUACUGAAAAGUAGUGAAAACUCUUCAUUCAAAAUCACCGUCGAAGCGCAGAACCGAUGUAUUGGGAUUUUUUUUGUCUUAUUUUAUGUAUAAUAUUGUGAUACCUCCUUUCCUCUUGUCGUUUGUUCAAUUACAAGAAUAUUUCUUGUAGUCU